UGCUAGCAAUAGUCGGCAUUAUAGGGGUCCGACCAGCCGAGGGAGGUUACGCCACACGUGCACGCCAAGGCCCGAGCCACGACUAAGGUGGCUUGGUCAGCGAGGCUCAGCCCAAUGUGGGUGACGAGGCCCUCGACACCAGCCUCAAGCGACGGAAUAAGAUCCCUAAAGUGGCCAAACAAAAUCUUCAACUGGCAAAUACUCGCACAAUCUGCUCAGUGAUCUCAGCGACCCAGGACCCUGCUGAUCAGCCGGUCCGCGCUGCAGGGUCAGGCUUCUCGUAGCCAUGUCCAUCAGGAUUGUGGUGGACAACCGGCCAGAAUUCUACACCAACUUGGACUAUGUCUCCGGGCGAGUCGUGCUUGCGGUGAACCGCGCCGAGCAGAUUGGCAACAUUGUCGUCAAGCUCGAGGGCGAGUCAACCACUGCCUUGCAGGUGCCUCAUCCCCACGAGGACCUCAGGCAAGGCCCGAUGCCAGGUCCUCCAGGAAGCACCGUCAGCGAGACGCACAAGCUGCUCUACAAGAUCCAGCAAGUCUUCCCGGAUGAUUAUCAUUCAAGUAGCAAUAACCCCCAUGGCGCUCAUCCGCUAUUACCCGGGGAACACUCCUUCCCUUUCAAGUUCAAGCUCCCCAUAAACAAUGCCUGCAGCGACCACAUGGCCAUGUCGAAGAUAGGAGGCCUAGCCGGCAUGGGCGGUUUUGGACAGGGGGGUGGGUUGUUCGGAAUGGGAGGCGUGAGAGUCAUGGACGGCAGCAAGCAGUUGUUCCUACGCCAUGUCACAAGAACACUGCCGCCUUCCCUUACGGGCUUCCCCAUGGAAGCCGAGAUCAGGUACUACAUUAAAGUCACGGUACAGAGACCUGGGUUUCUGAAAGAGAACUGGCGGUUUCAGGCCGGACUCAAGUUCAUGCCCAUCGAACCUCCGAGACCACCCAAGACAGGGCAAGAGGCGUUUGCACGUCGUCCCUUCACCUUCCGGAUACGGUCGCCCGGUCAGCCCGAAAGGAAGCGUAGUUCGUUCUUCUCGAAGAAAGGGGACGACUUCAAGCCGGGAAGCGACACGAAAGGUGCCCAAGACGCAGACACUGCCCCAGCGCCCUCCGUCGAGAUCUCGGCGAGAUUGCCUCAUCCACCGGUGUUGACUUGCAACAAGCCUGUCCCUCUUCGGCUCGUAGCCAAGAAGCUAGCCAACUGCCCAGACGAGGUGUUCCUCACGUCUUUCCAGGCCGAUCUCGUUGGGUAUACAGAUAUUCGGUGCCACAGCAUCCACAGCCGACGAUCCAACCGCUGGGUUAUCGCUUCCAGCAUAAACCUGGCAAUACCCUUGACGACGUCGCCCUCGGAUGACGUAGGAAAAGAGAUAGUGGUUCCAGACUACUUAUGGAACACGACUGCGCUCCCCAACACUGUAGCGCCAUCUUUCACUACAUGCAACCUCAGCAGGAGAUAUGAAUUGGAGAUCAGAAUCGGAGUGUCAUGGGGGCGGCCGCCAAGCAAAACCAGCAAAUUGUUAAACGGCAGCUCGGCCCAAUCGCCAGAGAUACAUCUACCUCUUCAGUUUCAGAAUAUCGAGGUCUUCUCGGGAAUCACCCCGCCUGCUGAGCUCCUCGAGGCAACCAGGACCACAGCGCCAGGGCGUGCGACUUUCGCAACGAACAAUCCGGGACCUAGGUUGCCGCCGCGGCAGAACUCGGUACCACAGGCUGGGCCAAGUGCUGGGCGAGGCCAACCAGUACGACCGCAGGCCCAGACUCCCGCGCAAGCACCAGGACCAGCACACGAUCCGCUGUACCCUCCUCAGCUGCAAGCUGGACAGAGCGCUCCUGCGUAUGACGAUGCCCCUCCGACGUACGAAGAGGCCGUGGCCGAAAACUUGGCUGGACCAUUCGACGGCAUGCAGGAAAGACCAGCGUAUAGCGGUGUCACAAAUGAGAACGCGCCUAGCCAGAUGCCCACGGAGAAGAGCUGAGUUUGUAGGGCUGAGGCUCGCCAAAGGCCUGGCCAGUGGGGGUGCUCGGAACGUCGAAGAGUACAUGUACCAAGUCACAUCCACAUUAUGUACUGCAAUAUUGCGAAGCAACGUGUGUCCGUACCUGGGCAACAUCGACACUGCCAUCCUAGUCACCCUAAUACCAACACUAAGACACUAUUAAAACACGAGCGACAAGG